AAACGUACGUACGAAUGGCGACAGCGACCACCCUCUUCUAGGGUUUCGACGAUGGUGCAAGAAUGGGAUCCGGGUAUCCGUGGGGAAAUCUGGAAUCGCAAAAAGAUCUAUUAUAAUGGCCAGAUCGGGAAGAUAUGGAAUAGGGGAGGAGAUAUGGGAAUAUGGAUUUUCGGAAAUACAGUGAGUUUGUGGGGGAUCGAAUCGGAUUGGGGUCCUCAAAAAGUGAGAGAUUUAACAAGAUACACAAGCAAGCUCUGUUACAGUCUAUGCGACGACGAAGAUCACUGUCCCCUGAAUCCUAAGAGCCCCGUAAAGAAGAAGGACAGCAAGGAGGAGACUGUGAGCAGGAUAGAUGAUCGUGCAAGGAGCUAUAAAGGAGAUGUGAUCUAUGGUGAUGUGAGCCACCAGGAGAAAGAUCAGAGGGGUUACUAUGGUAAAGGGAAAGGAAAAAUGUACGGGGAGCAAGACACAAAGUGGGUUCAAGUUCCUGAAAGAGGGAGCAGGAGUUACUCAUCUUAUCGCAGUAGCAACAAGGGUGAUGAGGGAAGCGCAAGGCAUAGAAGCUCUCGCUGGGAGCAGUCCAGAAAUCAAACGCAGGAAGAGAGGGACCGGAUGCAUCGUGAUUCAAGACGUGAGAGGAAUUAUUUUGGUUUGCUUGGUUUCUACUUCAUCUUUAUGGAUCUUUAUUGGCGAUGUAUUAUUAGCUUUCUUGAACUUUGGAUCAUGGAAGGAGAUCGACAUGAGUUUUGUGUUUUGGUUUUUUGGAUUAUAAGGUUUUUGUUAAGGCUUGUUCUGAAGCAGAUACUGGACUUGGCCUCAUCAAACCAAGUACAGUGUCAGUUUGGAACUUGGGUUUAUUGGUUUGCAAAUAGGUGCUCAGGAAUAAUGAGCAUUGCUAGCAUUUUUUACGGGUUUGUUUGGGUCAGGGUGGGGUUACUAUUUGGGUGUUGUGGUUUUGGCUUAUUUGAAUUAUGGAAUAAAAUUUACUGUUUUGAAUAUGGUAUUUGGUAUCUGAGACUGCAGAGUGUUAACUUAAUCUUUUGGAUAAUGAUGAAUUGUGCUUUUGUUGAUGGUCAAUCUCGGGUUCUGGGAUGUUAUGACUGGAUAAAUGGUUACAUAUGGUUUAUGGGUUUCUGGUUUAUGCUCAAGACGUAUAGAACUGUGUCACAAUUGUCAUUACUACAACUGGUCUCUUUAAACCAGUUGCAGAUAAGAGAAUUGGAACUGAGGAAAGCUUUCUGGACAGUACAGGUUUUGUUAUGGGAUGGUAGUGGUCUACGCUAUAUCAUGACAAUAUUAAGUACUUUACGAAUGUUCUUGGUCGUAAUAAGCGGUGGGAGGAGGCGCUUUGGGAUAGUUCACAAGAGGUUCUCUCAUGGUGUUUGUUUAUUUCAGGGCACAAUUAGUGUUUGGUGUUAUUUUAUUUUGACUAUGGCAUCGAAAAAGAGUUCUACAAUAUUAGCACUCCACGGCUACGGACAGAUAAUGUUUAUACUUAUUUUACUUAUGUCGGGAAAAGGGGGCUGUUCUUAUUCUGUUAAUGUUGCUAUGGUACAAAGGUCUGAGAGGUUUUGCAAGGACAGUACGGCCACUAAAGACUUACCAUCGAAUGGAAAUAAUAAAGGGAUUAUUAUGGUUUUGCAAAAUUUAUUAGUAUUGACAGAUUGGUUUUUUCUGUUUUUUCUGUUGUUUUGGCGGAGGGGUCUUCAGGGUAUCAUUAAACCCAAAUUAGCCAGCUCUUGGGAACUUUUUAUAUAUAUUUUUUUAAUAUGA